AUGAGUGAAGGGGCGGCCGCUGCCUCGCCACCUGGAGCCGCUUCGGCAGCCGCCGCCUCGGCCGAGGAGGGCACCGCGGCGGCUGCGGCGGCGGCGGCGGCGGCGGCGGGCGGGGGCCCGGACGGCGGCGGCGAAGGGGCGGCCGAGCCCCCCCGGGAGUUACGCUGUAGCGACUGCAUCGUGUGGAACCGGCAGCAGACGUGGCUGUGCGUGGUGCCUCUGUUCAUCGGCUUCAUCGGCCUGGGGCUCAGCCUCAUGCUGCUCAAAUGGAUCGUGGUGGGCUCCGUCAAGGAAUACGUGCCCACCGACCUGGUGGACUCCAAGGGAAUGGGCCAGGACCCCUUCUUCCUCUCCAAGCCCAGCUCCUUCCCCAAGGCCAUGGAGACCACCACCACGACCACCUCCUCCACGUCCCCCGCCACCCCCUUCGCCGGCGGUGCCGCCUCCUCCAGGACGCCCAACCGGAUUAGCACCCGCCUGACUACCAUCACGCGGGCGCCCACUCGCUUCCCCGGGCACCGGGUGCCCAUCCGGGCCAGCCCGCGCUCCACCACGGCACGGAACACUGCGGCCCCCCCGACGGUCUUGCCCACGACAGCCCCUUUCUUUAGUAGCAGCACUCCGGGCUCCCGACCCCCGGUGCCAGGAACCCCCAGUACCCAGGCCAUGCCGUCCUGGCCCACUGCGGCGUAUGCUACCUCCUCCUACCUUCACGACUCUACUCCCUCCUGGACUCUGUCUCCUUUUCAAGAUGCUGCCUCCUCCUCUUCCUCCUCGUCCUCCUCCUCUACCACCACCACCACCACCACCACGCCACAAACUAGCACCAGCCCCAAAUUUCAUACCACGACAUAUUCCACGGAGAGAUCUGAGCACUUCAAACCCUGCCGAGACAAGGACCUUGCCUACUGUCUCAAUGAUGGCGAGUGCUUUGUGAUUGAGACCUUGACCGGAUCCCAUAAACACUGUCGGUGCAAAGAAGGCUACCAAGGAGUCCGUUGUGAUCAAUUUCUGCCGAAAACUGAUUCCAUCUUAUCGGAUCCAACAGACCACUUGGGGAUUGAAUUCAUGGAGAGUGAAGAAGUUUAUCAAAGGCAGGUGCUGUCAAUUUCAUGUAUCAUCUUUGGAAUUGUCAUCGUGGGCAUGUUCUGUGCAGCGUUCUACUUCAAAAGCAAGAAACAAGCUAAACAAAUUCAAGAGCAGCUGAAAGAGCCACAUAAUGGUAAAAACUACAGUCUCAAAGCAUCUAGCACAAUGGCAAAGUCCGAAAACUUGGUGAAGAAUCAUGUCCAGCUGCAAAAUUAUUCAAAGGUGGAAAGGCAUCCUGUGACUGCACUGGAGAAAAUGAUGGAGUCAAGUUUUGCCGGCCCCCAGUCAUUCCCAGAGGUCCCUUCUCCCGACAGAGGAAGCCAGUCUGUCAAACACCACAGGACCCUCUCCUCUUGCUGCAGUCCAGGGCAAAGGAGUGGUAUGCUCCAUAGGAAUGCCUUCAGAAGGACACCCCCAUCACCCCGAAGUAGGCUGGGUGGACUUGUGGGACCAGCAUAUCAGCAACUGGAGGAAUCAAGGAUCGCAGACCAGGAUACGAUAACUUGCCAAGGGAUAGAGGUCAGGAAGACUAUAUCCCACCUGCCUAUACAGCUGUGGUGUGUUGAAAGAUCCCUGGACGUAAAGUACUCAGCCAAUGGUUUAACAACCCAACAAAAUGCAUCAAUAAAUAUGCAACUGCCUUCAAGAGAGACAAACUCCUAUUUUAAUAGUUUGGAGCAAAAGGACCUGAUGGGAUACUCAUCCCCAAGGGCCAGUUCCGUGCCCAUCAUCCCGUCAGUGGGUCUAGAGGAAACCUGCAUGCAAAUGCCAGGGGUUUCUGAAGUCAAAAGCAUCAAAUGGUGCAAAAACUCCUACUCUGCUGAUAUUGUCAAUGUGAGUAUUCCAGUCAGCGAUUGUCUUACAGCAGAACAACAAGAAGUGAAAAUAUUGCUAGAAACUGUCCAGGAGCAGAUUCGAAUUCUGACUGAUGCCAGGCGGUCAGAAGACUACGAACUGGCCAGCGUAGAGACUGAGGACAGUGCGAGUGAAAACACAGCCUUUCUUCCCCUGAGUCCCACAGCCAAAUCAGAACGAGAGGCACAGUUUGUCUUAAGAAAUGAAAUACAAAGAGACCCUGCAUUGACCAAGUGA